AUGCUCCCCCAGCAGUCGACUCUAGCGUGGUCCAUUAUCAUCAGCGUUCUUCACGUCGUCGCCAUUGUGUCGACGACGUUUCGGCUUUGCCAUCGUCUAUACAAGCGGCAGAUGUGGUACGACGACUACGUGGUCAUCGUCCCUCUUGCGUUUGACUGCGUGUACUUUGUCAUGUUUUGGAAGGCGUUGACGAGCAAAGACUAUCUGCGAUACCGCAACAACGUGCAUUUCUUCACAUCGUUCAUGUUCGGGUUCGUAGUCAACGCCAUCGUUCUCUGGUUCUCGCGCAUCAGCCUGGCACUGUCCCUCGCACGCAUCUUUCCUCGCGGACACAUCGCGCGGCGGUUUUCGCUGUGUAUCGCCGUGCUCUGCUUCGUGUUCUUCGGUACUACCGUCGGGCUCACAAUCGGCCUGUGUCAGAGCAGCGGACGGCCGUGGUACCGGAUCGACCCGCAUAACUGCAAGAAAGGCCCAAAGGGCAUCCCUAUCAACGGGCUCGUGGGCGUCUUAGCGGAUAUACUGGCGGACACGGUGCUUUUCCUCGCGCCACUCUUCGUGCUGCGCCGUGUGAAGCUUCCCGCUCGCGAGCGGCGGAUGAUUCUAGCUGCGUUCUCCGGCAGCGUCCUCACACUUCUCGCCGCGGUGGUGUUCGGCGUGUUCUGGUACUGCCGCGUCAAAUUCGGGUCGCCGGCGGGCAAAGUCGUGCUUAGGCUCGUUGUGGCACAUAUCGAGACAACAGUGGCGAUGAUAGUGUGCAACCUCCUACUGAUCACAAUGUUCCUCUACCGUAUCUUCCGGCGAAUACACAGCGUCGACUCAGCGCCAAAACACACACCACUAGCCGCGCACGCCGUUGCAAACCCUGCGCCGCCACCAGUACCUCUGCUGCCGCUCCCUUCUGACAGCUCUAACAACACCAACACCUCCCAUGACUCGGGUGACGCUACAUCUGUAUCAAGAACGGGGACGGGGACGGGGACAGGGACAGAAGGAGCGAUUGAGGAUCCGAAGAGGAUUGUGUGUGUCCCGUCAGAAGGAGACAGCGGGUCGAUGUUGAUUUCCAGGUCGAGUGUACUGACGCCUAUAGUGCUCACGCAACUCGAUACUGCAGGGAUGGAGUGGGAUAUGCUGGACGCGCCGAUGACUGAGCCUGAGAGGUCGUCCGCGCUGACGUUGGCGUUGGAACUGGUGCCAGGAUGCACCACAGAGGAAGAGAGGGGUGUGGAUGUGGAUGUGGAUGUGGAUGUAGUUGGAAAGACAAAAAUGCAGGAAGAAUACGAAAGCGUGGGGGAUAGCAAAGGCGAAGUGGAGCGUUAG